AUGGCAAGAUCGGGUCAUUCCACUCAGUUGACUUCCAGUUCUGGAAGACAUAGGGCCCGCCAACCACAGACACAGAAGCUCACGGACUCCGAAAUUUCGGAGUUGAAGAACUACCUUCCUGAGUGGACUUCGGCGAAAAGGAAUGAGAAGCGGGCAGUUUUCACUGCCAUAGCUAGGGCUGCCAGGCUAUUUGCUCCCAAGGUCGACCAAGCACAAUGGAAGAAGAGGAAGCAGAUGUACAAGACAUGGUUGUUCAACAACAAGAAAAAGAAGGAGAGAAAGGACAUGAUAAAGUAUGGUAGGAAAUGGACUCCUAGGCAGGUGGUCUACCAGCAGAAGCGGGAGGAGGUGCUGAAGAGGAUCGAGGAAGAGUCCGGGGCAAAGCCAGGAGGUCCCGGUAUGUUCAAACAUUAUCAGGCGGCUGUGAAGAGAGUCAUGGCCGAAUUGUCCGAUGAUGAGUUGGAGAAGGCGAAGGAAACCGCCGAAGAAUGGUCGACCAACUUCCCGCCUCCCGAGAUACAAGCACAAGUGGCUCGUAAGAAGGGACCGGCUUAUAUGGAGCACUUUUCGAAGGAGAUGUGGAGGCAAUGCGGGAUGAGAGUGUUUGUGAUGUCGGCGUGGAAGAAUGAACAGGGAGAGGGUGCUGUUCGGGAUUUUCAUGAAGACGAAGGACUGGGAGGACAUCGAGCCAAUUUUGGCCAGGAGUACGCACAGGAACAAUUCGGUGCCGGGCACGGGACGGAGGGCGACAGACCGACGGGGAUGGGGAUGCCGUUGCUUCCAGACAUCACCGAAACAAAACUCGAGGAGAAGAAAGCCAUAGUCAGAGCAUUUCUUACAUCUCACUAUCGUAUCUGUUCCGGGAUCGAAAAGGCAGUCGUGCCAUGGAGCGCCAUCGUACAAAGUCAGGAUGGACUUUGUGGCAAGACAGUAUGUUCCGGCGGAUGUGGACUGAAGGGAGCCAUCGAAGUGCCAAACAUUGGGACACGACCCCGCCCUACUGAACUUCUGGUAUGCUCGGCAGGAGGAGAGAGGCAAAUGGUCCAACGUUUCCUGUUCAAAGCAUGGAAGAACAUAGAUGGGGACAUGGUACCCUCGUUGUAG